CGCAAAUCCAGAAUUCAACAAUGACCUGAAUGGCUGGUUAAGUUUCGGAGGCAAUCAUGUAAAUCUAACCAAAGGAACUUCAAUGGAAGGAAACAACAACUUCAUUAUUGCUUCUAAUAGAAAAGUCCCAUAUGAUGGCUUCUCUCAAAAGAUUGAUUUGAAGAAGGGCCAUCACUACACUAUUUCAGGUUGGGUUCAAAUAAGCGAUGGUAUUGAAAGUGAUAUAUCAGUCUUGUUCAAAACACCAAGCGGCUAUGAGUAUGUAGCUUGGGUCAUUGCCCGGUCUGGUUGUUGGUCCAUGUUUAAGGGUGGUUUUGUUGCUAACGAUUCGGCUACUUUCGAGUUAUAUUUCCAGAGUAACAAUACUCAAACUGAGAUAUGGGGUGAUAGCAUAUCAGUAAAAGAAUUCACCCCAGAGCAAUGGACUGCUCACCAAGUUAAGAGCAUUGAGAAGGUACGGAAAUCAAAGGUGGGGAUUCAAGUAGUGGAUGGGGAAGGGAACCCAUUGGGGAAUGCGACAGUGACCCUAGUGAAGGGCAGGCCGAGCUUCCCGUUGGGCUGCGCCAUCAACAGAAACAUCCUAAACAACAACGCCUACCAGGCCUGGUUCUUCUCCCGGUUCAGGCACACCGUUUUCGAGGACGAGAUGAAGUGGUACACCAACGAGCCCUCCCAGGGCCGCGAGGACUACUCCGCCUCCGACGCCAUGCUCCAGCUCCUCCGCACCCGCGGCGUCUCCGUCCGCGGCCACAAUGUCUUCUGGGACGACCCCAGAUUCCAGCCCUCCUGGGUCCCCAAUCUCCCGCCCGCCCAGCUCUCCGCCGCCGCUUCCAGAAGGGUCGCCUCCGUCGUCAAGAGGUACGCCGGGCAGGUCAUCCACUGGGACGUCGUCAACGAGAACCUCCACUUCAAUUUCUUCGAGGGGAAACUCGGACCGGACGCCUCCGCGGUCUAUUACCGGCUCGCCAGCGGCUUGGACCGCAAAGCGACGCCGUUUCUGAACGAGUAUAAUACGAUUGAGCACAAGGAGGACUCGGCUUCGUCCCCGGCCAAGUACCUUGCCAAGAUCUGGCAGCUUCGGGCCCAGAGGUACAAUGGGCCUCUCGGGAUCGGGCUCGAGGCCCAUUUCGAUGUCCCGGACUUGGCUUAUGUCCGGUCCGCGAUCGAUACGCUUGCCAGCGCGAAGCUGCCCAUUUGGAUCACGGAGUUGGACGUUUCGCCGCGGCCCAACCAGGCCCAGAUACUGGGACAGGUACUAAACGAGGUCGUUUCGCACCCGGCGGUGCAGGGCGUCGUGAUAUGGUCGGCGUGGAAACCGGGCGGGUGUUACAAGAUGUGUUUGACCGACAACAGUUUCAAAAACCUGCCCACCGGAGACGUCGUCGACGGCGUCCUGAGAGCAAUGAGCAGCCAGGGUUUGGCCGGCACCACCGCCGCCGACGGCUACUUUGAGGCUUCGCUCUUUCACGGCGAUUACCAGGUGAAGGUGGAGCACCCGUCUCUGGAUAAACCAACGGUGCAUCGGCUGGCUGUGACGCCGGCGGACGCCGCCGCGGGGACCCAAAGGAUGAUUAACUUCAAAUUAUCUGUCCCUGUCUAGCUGGUCUGAUGGAUGGUCGAUGAUGAUCUUCAUUCAUAUUGUUUUAUUUUACUUAAGCCUGAUUAGUUUUAAAUUUAGUUCAUAGGUCUUCAUAUAUAUAUAGAUGUCUUUCAUUUUCACAGGAAUAAUUGUUCGUAUGAUGA